AAAAUACCUCAGAGACAAACUGAAUGGGAUCUUACACUCGCUGUGCGCAACUUAACCAUCAAACAUCUCAGCUAUCAUUUCACGGAAAGGCACUUGAAUAAUGCCUCCAGGUACCAAACUAUCAAAAUCUCAAAGUGCAAGACCUGGCACAAAAAGCAAAAAGAAGCACUCCUCUAAGAAACAAUCUGCAAAACCACCCAAAAAGGAUGUGGAUAUUCUGAGUCCAGCUGCCAUGGAAAACAUCUACUACAUCUCUCAUAAUGCCGUGGACUGCUUGGAGUUCAGAGGCUUUGGUUGGCCUGGGGCCUCCAAGAAGAAAGGAAAGAAAGGGAAAAAACGAAAAGAAAAGAAAUGAUGCUGCUCGCUUAAUUUGCAUAUGCCUAAUCGAUACAGAGAACAGUGAAUAUUUUCAGCUUUUGAUCCAGUUGAACCAGUUUAAUUCCAUCAUUUUAGCGCAAUGUGUUUGUUGAAUGCAAAUGUCCGAGAAACUGUUAUUCAAUAUCUGCUUCUUUGGAACCCUGGGAGAAAAUAAAACUUGUUUCAGUUUA